ACUCAGACGAGACGCACAGCUUUCUUGAGAUUGGGUAGAUUUUUGCACAGUUUUUUUUGCAAAUUCUUGUUAUUAAUACGAGACUUAACGGAAGGGAGGAAGGAAAUUGAAAAGGGAGGAAGUGCGGAAGGAAGUAAAAAAGUCGACCAUAUACCUAUUUACAUAUUUGGAGUUAUUCAUAAUAACCAGAUAAGUGCUUAAGGAGUGGAGUGCAUAAUGGGAAAGUUGAUUCGCACUGAACAACACGGUUUUGGUCUCGCCAGAAAAGUGACCCUGAUUGCCGUGCUUGUCCUCUGCGUGGGCGUCACCGCCGCGAAACGUCGCCCCAGAACGAGAUCCGUCCUCAAACUGUACAAUAACGAGAACUACGUGGGAAAUUAUGUGGACAAUAAUAACAACGGUUUCCGCCCGGGAAUCGUUCUUAACGAAGGAGGCGGGGGCGAAGGAGGGGGAGGAGGAGGCGACUUCUACAACGACAUCAUCACCCUAGGAGACGCUCCUCCUUCCUCCCGCGGUACGGACGACGGGGGCGCCUUCGUCGUCACGGGAGGCUAUCAAGUCUCCGACGAUGGUGGGGGCAAUUAUUCACCCUAUUCUGGCGACACCACCCCCCACUCGCGACCCCCGUACCAUCCCCACCCUCCCCUAAAAGCGCACUACCAUCAAGACAACAGCAACCGGGUGACGCCGCCCACCUCCCAGAAGACGCACCACCCUCACCGCGGGUACAGCAAGUUUAUCCCCAACCUCCCCCAGCACAAGAGCCCCCUCCCCCACGACCACCCGCACCACCACCACCACAAACUGCAGCAAGGUUACCAAGGUCAUAAAUACCCCCACUACGAUUUUACCCCCCAAAAACAGGAAGGCUACCCCCACCAAAAAUACCCCCAUGUCGAAUAUCCCCACGAAGGUCCUCCUCCACCUUCAUCCAACCACCCACAGCAGGGCUACCACUUCCAGAAAUCCCCCCAGAACGAUUAUUCCCCCCACCACCACCACCACCACGAAGGUCCUCCCUCGUCCUCCACCCCCAUGUCCAGUUAUCACUACCAGAACGGCGUCAUGCACCACGUGACUGGGGGAUUUUCUCCGCUCCCCCCCACGCGACACCUCAGAAUGUCCCCGCCCUACCACCACCACCACCACCACGCUAAACACCCGGGUUUCCGAGGGUACGGAAAUUACGGGCCGUCUUACCGCAACGGAGUCCAGUACCGGCAAGACGGCGAAGAGGCAGCAAAUGUCUCCGUGGGAUACCCGUAUUUUAGAUGAUAACCGCCGAUAAGCUUAAUGAUAAUCGUCAAUCAUACUUUAAAGAUCAAGACGGCUGCAAAUGAUAUCCGUAUUUCAGAUGAUAAGCUUAACGAUAAUCGUCGUCGUCAUACUUUCAAGAUCUCCAAAUGUGCACGUUUUUACAUAUUCUGCACAAACCCAAUUACAAAAAUGAAGUUCAAGUUCGCAAAAAUAUGGCAAAAAUUUUAGCACAUGUACAUAAUUGCGUGCAUGUGGUUUGUUGUACACUUUGCUUGCACGAGUCACUCACUCUCUUCUUGACUCGACGAAUGUUACUUGUUAUUGGGCAGAUAGAAAAGAGAAAUUUCAAACACAAAACUAAAAACCAAAGCCAAAAACCACACGAGUAAUAAAAAUGAUAAAAAUUGAGAAGGAACAAUGUUUCGCAUGA